UUUUGCUGUACUUGAGUUUAGACUAAUUACCCUUCAAGGUCAAAGCAAGGUCACAGCUAAAACAAGACCGUUCGAAGGUACAUCGACCUUGGUCGAUCCCGAGUUUUCUUCGUUUUUUAAUACAAAACUGAAGGUACGUUAAAUUCUGUUCGAUUAAUAUUACAGUGUAGUUUAUGCUUAAUUCCUACAUAUAUUUCUGUAAUGUAUUUAAGGUGAUUAGGGUCAAAUUUAGACCUGUCUUUAAAAAUGGAUAAUGGAAAAUUACAUAACUAACGUUAAUACAAACGUGUUCAACAUGACAGCGUACCGAGUGAAAGUUUAAUUCAUGAAAAUUUGUUGUUAAUGUAAUUCAAGGCAAAUGAGAGAAACAAACAUGUUUUAUGAUAGUUUGUCAAUUAUUUGAAAACACGUAUUUUGUUUAAUUUGGUUCAAUAACUCAUACAUUUGAGGUGAGAUAUGAGACCUAUUUUUCUUACGCUAAUCACUUUGAAACCCAAUUGUACGGAUAUUUUUCCACGCACGUUUUCAAAGCGGAGGAAUAUUUUCUGAUGUUUCUUUGGUGAUUCGGCUUUAAGCUAGUUUCGAUUAAGUCGUUUUUUGACAAAUAUUACAAUACUUUGCUAAACACUUUGCAAAAGAAACUGAAUUGUGCAGUUUGAUCAUAAAUAAUAAUAAAUGUUUAUGUAAUUUUUAGAAACAAAACAAAUGACAUUUCAAACACAUUUCAGUGAAUAAGAAGCUUAUGUUUUAAUGAUAUAGAUAAGCACAAGUGUUUACAUAAAAGUGUAAUGAAUAAUAACACGUUACAGUUGACAAGUGAAAGAAAUAUUGAUAUCAUUUCCAAGUUAUUAACCCAUUGUAAUACUAUGUGAAAGGAACCAUUAGUACUUAAUCAAGAGUCUAAAUCUUUGUUGUUUAAUUUUUGUUAUUUGCUACAGGAUUCACACACAGUUGUUGAAUAUAUGCUACAAGCUAGCACCGCUACUGAGAUACUUCCAAGUAUUAAAAGGAAGCUAAUUUUAGAAUACGCCUCCUUUGUGGUUAUUGUGACAACGUGGUAUAUGCUGACACGGUCUUAACAGUUCUUCAACAACUUUGCUGUAUAUUAUCAACGCAAGAUGGCUGACACAAAGGCUCUAAAGGUUUCGAGGCGCAAUCUGAAGGGACAAUUGACGAGGACAUUAACAGCUAUUGUCAACCUCUCCAAUGACUCUGCAGAUACUAGUCUCCUCAAGCAGUACAUCGACAAGGCCGAGGAACAGUUCGCAAGGGUAGAAGAGACGCACGCAGAGCUUGUACAGGUAAUAGAGAACGACGUUGAAUUUGAAGCAGAGGAAACCUGGAUGGUCAACUGUGAGGCAGACUUUGUCCAGAAGAUUAAUGAUGGUAGGAAAAUCCUCAGCAAACAGCUGUCGCCAUCAUCAAUCAACCAAGCAUCCAAUCAACAGUCAACUACUCCUCCAAGCUCUCCUGCUCCUACCUCUCGGAAUCAAUCUGCAGGUGCCUGUGCUCCCAGGAUGGCGAGACUUAAAUUCCCAACAUUCAAUGGAGAUAUCAGGGAAUAUCAGAGAUUCAAGGAAAUGUUCCAACAUUGUACGAAGGAACUGUCGGAGAUUGAAUGUUUCUUCCAGUUGUCAGAAUCAAUGAUGUCUCAGAAGGAAAGAAACUUGGUCAAAAGCUGUUCGAGUGUAGCAAGAGCAUGGGAGAUGCUAGACCAACGCUUUGAUGACAAAGACCGAGUAGUUGACAGACUGCUACAGGAUUUGGAUAGUCUCAAGCCAUAUGAGAGUAAAGGAAAGAUUAAUCUUCCUGCAAUGGCAAACUUCAUCCAGGUUCUUCAGAAUUUUGAAUGCCAAGCAGAGACGAUUGGUUUAGCAGGUGAGAUGAAUAGCAGGAUUAUGCUGAGCCAAAUCAAGUUGAAGCUCCCAGAGGAACAUAGGAUUCUGUAUUACAAAAGUGUUCGCGAUGACAAUACUGAUGAUUCCCUCUCAGGACUCAGCAAAUGGCUAUAUCAACAGCACAUCCUAAUUGAGAAAUCAAAAUCUACUACAUCUGAAAGCUUGGAACCUACAAAGAGAGUUUCAAGGUCCUUCAACGCAGCCAUGUCGAGGGAGGAUACAUCAACUGCACACAUCCCAAAGUGCCCUCUGCACCCAAAGACCUCAUCUCAUUAUCUGAAAACAUGCAAUAAAUUCAGGUCUCUUGCGCUAAAUGAGAAAUUUGAUGUGAUGAAGUCUAACAACAUCUGCUUCAGGUGUGGCCAUAAUAACUGUAUCUCAGGCAAGCCACCUUAUGACCACAGUAAGUGCCAGUUCAGGUCACCAUGUCGAGUCCAGAUGUGUGGUAGUGAUGAGCACUUUCCCGCCAUUUGUACCAAAGCCCAUGAUGAUGCCAGAGAUCAGAGUCGAAGAGUCAGUGCUAAUCAAGAAGACAUUGUGAGACCCAUGCAUUCCAACAGCUCAGUUCAAUCUUCUACAAGCACAGAAGUAGGGAAACUGCAGGCUACCUUACCAACUGUGAUGGGUUUUCUGCGAUGUGGUAACAAACGACACCCUGUACGCAUCCUGAUAGAUGGGGGUAGUCAGGCCACCCUCGUAAGAACAGGAAUCUUUUCCAGAAUUGAUGGCGACUGUUACCAGGACCAUGACCUGAGCCUUGUAGGUGGAAGCAUCAUCAAACGCAAGCUGAGGAUCCUGGAAUGUGAAAUCGAGGAUAGCCAAGCAAAUUGUUCAUAUCCCUUGAGAGCCAUUGAGAUCGAGAAACCCUGUGGAGAUAUACCUGUCAUUACUCCUGAGCAGCUGAAAUCCUAUGACCACCUGACAGGUGUAAAUAUUGAUGAAGCCUCAUCACCAGUAAUUGAUCUAUUACUUGGAGUGGACAAUACUCACCUUAUGGUCUGGGAGGAAUAUAUCAGAGGAGGCAGACCCGAUGAACCAGUUGCGGUAAGAUGUCCCCUAGGUUGGUUUAUUCAAGGAGGUCCAUCUAACACAGCACCACUUCUUAACUACGUUAACGUGGUCGCUUCAGGAUCCCUAGAGGAGUUCAUUGGACUCAAGACGGCUGGCUUGGAACCCAGGAAAUGCAAGUGCAUUUCUGAUGAUGAGAAAGGAGCUACUGAAUCCAUGAUAAAGAGUGUCAAUCAACUACCAGAUGGUUCUUAUGAGAUCCGCUUACCCUGGAAGCGAUCUCCAGAAGGGUUACCAGAUAACUAUGAGUACGCUGUAAAGAGACAGAAGAGCCUUGAGAACCAGUUCAGAAAUCGCCCAAAGGAAUGGGAGGUCUACUGUCGGCAAAUGAAGGAUCAACUGGAAAGGGGUGUCUCUCGGCUGGUGACGCAGGAUGAGUUGCAACAAGACAGGGAAACAGGGAACAAGAUGUGGUUCCUUCCACACUUCGCAGUUGUCAAAGACUCAAAAACUACUCCAGUCCGAGUCGUAUAUGACGGUAAGGCGAAAUUUCAAGGACAUUCCCUGAAUGAUUAUCUUAUCAAAGGAGAGAACGUCAACUCAAAUUUGUUUGAGGUAGCCCUCCGGUUUCGUGAAAAUGAAGUGGGCGUGAUCGCUGACAUUUCGAAGAUGUUCCAGGCGAUCAAGAUUCCCCCAGAUGAUGCUAGAUUCCACAGAUUUGUGUUUAGAGAAAAUCCAAAUUACCCAAUGCAAGUCUAUGAACUGAGGACCGUUACAUUUGGGGACAAGCCCUCCCCUACUGCAGCAAUAGUCACUCUCAGACAUGUGGCUAGUGAACAUGCACCGGAUGAUGACAAACUACAGAAAGUAAUCACGGAGCAAUUCUAUAUGGACGACCUGAAUGAGUCAGUCAGGACCACUGAGGAAGCUCUGGAGCUGAAGUCUAAAUUGACGGACACGCUGAAGAAGGGAAACUUCAACAUAAGGAAGUGGCAAUCUAAUGUGAAAAAGGUAUGUGACGAGACAGAAAACACUGAAACUGCUACAGUUCUUGGAACCAGUUGGGAUCUAUCUAAGGAUACACUGAGCGUGAAGAAGGUCAAACCCUCUGACGAUACUACCCUGACCAAACGGAAGAUUCUUGCUCAAACGGCAUCCUAUUACGAUGUUUUUGGAAUGCUUUCUGGUCUGUUGGUACGCCCCAAGAUUCUUCUUCAAAUGUUAUGGCAAAUAGACCUUGACUGGGACUCCCCUAUUGACAAAGGCAGUGAAUUGUAUGCCAUGAUGAGUAAGAUUAACAGAGACCUUGACAAAAUGGAUGGCAUUGAGAUUCCAAGAUGUCUGAUACCGGAGCCUUACAGGGGAAAGAGACCUCUACCUACAGCAUAUAUGCAUGGUUUUAGCGAUGCAUCGGAGGACGCUAUGGGUUUCGCAGUUUGGCUGAGAUGGUCCCAUACUGACAGUCAACAAGCUCAUUUAUCCUUUGUCUGUGCCAGGUCUAGGGUGACGCCACUAAAGCAAACAAGUAUGCCUCGGAAGGAGUUACAAGCUCUUCUCCUUCUAUCCAGAUUGAUGUACACCAUCCGAAGUGCUCUACGCCUCAACAUAGAAGGAUGGAAGAUAUGGACAGACAGCAUGACGGUGAUAAGUUGGCUAAGAGGGCAAUCGAAAACCUUCCGCUCAUAUGUUGCCCAUCGAGUUGGUGAGAUCACUUCUGAAUUUGACCCCUACAGUGAUAUCACCUACGUUCCCACAGAUGAAAAUGCAGCUGAUCUCAUUUCUAGAGGAGGCGAUGUCACAGACAUGCAGGAGGUCAUUGAUGGAUCAGGAUUCUUGAGAUUACCUCCUCAAUCAUGGCCGAAGACACCUGAAAACAUUCCCGUCAAACCAGGAGAUCCUGAACGGAAGAAAUUUCACUCCCGAAACAGCAAGACUUUCGCAUUAUCUGUGAAUGCUGUGUCCAAGAAUUCUCCAAUUGUUGAUGCAACCAAAUUCUCUAGUUGGUCUAGACUCCAGAUGGUCACGGCCAGGGUGUUAUCCCUCAAGGAGAUCCACGGAAUCAAUGGCUGAAGCAACUCAUCCGGCAGAUCUCUGAAUGGCCAUCCCAAAGAAUGAUCAAGGAAGCAGAGCUAUAUUGGGUCAGGCAAGCACAGAAAGGGAUAGAUUUCCAAGAUCCCAAUAUACAGAAACUCAGUCCAUUCUUUGAUGAGGACCAACAGGUGUAUCGUGUUGGCGGACGUCUUGGUAGGGCCCCUUUGUCGUAUGAUGUUCGCCAUCCUUAUCUUCUGCCAAAGAAUAGCCACAUUAGCUUCCUCCUUGUACGUGAUAGACAUCUACAUGCCCUUCAUGGUGGUCAUUUGCGGACUGCGAAUGAGGUCAGGAAGAGGUAUUGGAUAGUAGGCGACAUGAACAUCGCACGACGUGUUGUUCGUUGUUGCAUCCCUUGCAGACGAUAUAGAGGAAGACCGGCACACCAGAGAAUGGCCGAUUUACCAGAGUUCCGGAUCAGCCCUUGUUCUCCACCCUUCAAGACCACCUUGGUAGACUAUCUAGGCCCAGUAAUGGUGAAACUGAAUCGUAAUACCACGACCAAAGGAUACUGUGCUUUAUUCACAUGUGCAGUUACCAGGGCUGUCCACUUGACUGUUGUCCAGGACCUCUCAACUCAGGCUUUCCUUCAAGCCUUGGAAAGGUUUGUCAGUGUUAGAGGAGCACCUGCCAUGAUGGUUAGUGACAAUGCCACUUGUUUCCGAGGGGCUGACAAUACAAUCAAUGAAUUGAAUCUUAAACUCAACCAAACACAGGUCCGUGAGCACUGUCAACGUUUCAAAAUCGAGUGGAAGUUCGGACCACCAGGAGGACCUCACCACCAAGGAGCGGUUGAGCGCAUGGUCCAGGAAGUAAAGAAAGCUAUGCGGCAUCUUGUGAAGGCGGAUCGUCUAACCUUUGUGGAAUGGGAGACCAUCUUCUGCAGGAUCUCAGGUCUCAUCAAUAGCCGCCCCCUGACUGCGAUGUCUUCCUCACCCAUGGACCAUCCUCCAAUUACCCCCAAUCAUUUUCUUAUUGGUAGAGGGGAAUUGACCUGUCCAGACAUCCCUUGUGAAGACUACAAAGGAGAUCCACGCAAACGUAGAGAACUUUGCAAUAAAAUGGUGGACGGGUUUUGGCAUAGAUGGCUUGGCUACAUCCACAAGUUGACGCCACGUCAGAAGUGGCAACAUUCUGCAGAGAACAUAGAGAAGAACGAUAUUGUCCUUGUCAUCGGUGAUGACAAAAGACGUGGGUCUUGGAAGAUGGCCGAAGUAGUAGACACCAAACCUGGACAAGAUGGACUGGUAAGAAUUGUUGAAGUGAAGUUUGCAGACGGCACAUGUGCAAACAGACCCAUCACUAAACUUGUAUCUCUGAUGAAGCGAGAGGAACGUUCAGACAUUUAGACUUUGAGAACGAUGAUAUUAAUUACAGGACAAUUAUGAACAUAUUGGAGAAAUUGCUCCUAAUGAUUCAAAAUGCCAAAGAUGAAAAGAUGGAUGGACAUUGGACAAUUAUAUUUUUAAUGAACCUUUUUUAUCAAAGUUUUAACGCAAGAAUUGAUUGUUGUAUUUGUGACAUUCCGUCACGCUUAGGGGGUUGGGAUGUCAUAGAAUGACAUAGUUUUGAUAUUCAGAUAUUGUUGCCUUUUGAAAUGUUUGGUUUUUUGCUGUACUUGAGUUUAGACUAAUUACCCUUCAAGGUCAAAGCAAGGUCACAGCUAAAACAAGACCGUUCGAAGGUACAUCGACCUUGGUCGAUCCCGAGUUUUCUUCGUUUUUUAAUACAAAACUGAAGGUACGUUAAAUUCUGUUCGAUUAAUAUUACAGUGUAGUUUAUGCUUAAUUCCUACAUAUAUUUCUGUAAUGUAUUUAAGGUGAUUAGGGUCAAAUUUAGACCUGUCUUUAAAAAUGGAUAAUGGAAAAUUACAUAACUAACGUUAAUACAAACGUGUUCAACAUGACAGCGUACCGAGUGAAAGUUUAAUUCAUGAAAAUUUGUUGUUAAUGUAAUUCAAGGCAAAUGAGAGAAACAAACAUGUUUUAUGAUAGUUUGUCAAUUAUUUGAAAACACGUAUUUUGUUUAAUUUGGUUCAAUAACUCAUACAUUUGAGGUGAGAUAUGAGACCUAUUUUUCUUACGCUAAUCACUUUGAAACCCAAUUGUACGGAUAUUUUUCCACGCACGUUUUCAAAGCGGAGGAAUAUUUUCUGAUGUUUCUUUGGUGAUUCGGCUUUAAGCUAGUUUCGAUUAAGUCGUUUUUUGACAAAUAUUACAAUACUUUGCUAAACACUUUGCAAAAGAAACUGAAUUGUGCAGUUUGAUCAUAAAUAAUAAUAAAUGUUUAUGUAAUUUUUAGAAACAAAACAAAUGACAUUUCAAACACAUUUCAGUGAAUAAGAAGCUUAUGUUUUAAUGAUAUAGAUAAGCACAAGUGUUUACAUAAAAGUGUAAUGAAUAAUAACACGUUACAGUUGACAAGUGAAAGAAAUAUUGAUAUCAUUUCCAAGUUAUUAACCCAUUGUAAUACUAUGUGAAAGGAACCAUUAGUACUUAAUCAAGAGUCUAAAUCUUUGUUGUUUAAUUUUUGUUAUUUGCUACAGGAUUCACACACAGUUGUUGAAUAUAUGCUACAAGCUAGCACCGCUACUGAGAUACUUCCAAGUAUUAAAAGGAAGCUAAUUUUAGAA